CUCUCAACCAUCUGUGAUGUCGCAGGAGAACGGCAGCCAAUCGGAGGCUCCGACUGGCCCCUCUGCUUUCAUUGGCUCCUCCCUGGUCCUCAGCUCUGUAUACUCCAGUCAGCUCUGCUAGCAAAACAGACAAUGUGCUGCUGUUUCAAGCAGGGCAGACACACCAAAUGCAGCGGAGCAAGGAACACAUCGCAGCCUGAGAGAGGAAGCAAAUGCUCACUCCUGACAGAGCCAGCAGAAGAAGGAACAGCAACCAGAAAAAGCAUCAGCGGCGACAGUCAGAGUCAGAGGGUCAGUGAGAUGGGCUGCUCAUCUGGCCGCUUGCCCUGCCAGCAUCCAGCCUCCGCUCAGCUGGCCAUGCUGGACCCUGAAUGCAGCCUGGCCCCUGACGGGAUGCCCCCGAUGGCUGUACCCAAAGCCCCAGAGGAUCUGUCCACGCUGGAGCGUCUGGCCCAGGCCACCGGUGGCACUGAGAAGUCCUGGUACCGCUGUGUGUUUCCCUUUGGGGUCAUCUCAUUGGUGAUCGGUAUGGCGGGAACCGGCGUCACGUUCACCUUCAACACGCUGCCCCAAACUAAAGUGGUGUCUCUGGUGCUGCUGGUCACAGGGUUCGUCAUGCUGUUGAUAGCGGCCGCAUGCUGGAAGGUGCAUCGCUCUCGGAGGAGAGAAAAGAAGGAGGGAGGCAUCUUCAGCUCGGAGCAGUGCACUCUAUGAGAUGCGCUUCACAAAAUCAGAAGUUUUUCUGGUGCUCUGAAAAGAAAAAUAACCAGUUUAAGGGUAAGCUGUCUGUAACAUCUCGUCACUGUCGCUGAUGGCCUGUGGAAACAUUUAGCGACGGUACACAGACAAAUGCAUUUUAUCAAUUGUGUUUCUAUUAGGAAAAAGUCAGAAAGAAACAAUGACAGUGGAGGAGCCCUGUGAGUGUGUGUGUGUGUGCGUGUGUGUUGUGUUUAAACAUGAAGAAUUUAAAAGAAGAUUUUAAAACUUAAAUGCUGCAACUUUCCCUGCUUUCUUCUCGAGAGAUUUAUGAAAGUAGGAUGCAAAAUAAAAUCAUGGAAGUCUCUGGACAGAUGACUCCAGGUCAGUAAAGGAAGGCUUUAGUGAUAAGCAUAAACACUGAUGAAAGAAUGACAGAUACUGACAUUAACAAGUAUAUCAUUUUUUAUUAAGUAACAUGCAGUGUCAGGAUUUAUUUAUUUGUUUAUUCACGCCAAGUCAUUACAGAGCCUAUUUUAAAUGUAAAAGGACAAGCUGAAGGGAUCUCAUGUUUUGCAUGACAAAUUAACUUUUUUGAAUUUUUUAUAUUUAAAUUCAAUUUGUGCCAGAUUACAUGUUUAUGUUGCAACAAAGAAAUGUUUUUUUGACAUUCCAGACUGUUAUUUUGCUUUAACCUAUCGUUUUGUCUAUCAAGUGACUUCUGCAAAGAGAAAUCUAGGGUCAGUGUAUGUGCACAUGAAAACGUUCCUACAUGCUUGCAUGUAUUUCUGUAAACCUGUGUGUGUGUGUGUGUGUGUGUGUGUGUGUGUGUGUGUGUGUGUGUGUGUGUGUGUGUGUGUGUGUGUGCGUGGGGGGAGUAUAUAUAUGUGUAGGCAUUCAAGUAAUAAAUGAUUUUACUUGCACACUGUAGCUAACUCCAGCAGAGUAGAGCAGAAGAGACACACAUAUAUCUACUGACACGUUAGCAGUAAACCAGUGUCUUGCAACUAUUGUCAGCCAACUGAAUGUGAAGUAGAAAAAUCUAAUUACUGACAUGUGAAAAGUGGUACAUUUAGAAUAUGCUGCAUAUGUGAAAAUGAUCAGUAUUUUGGUUUAGUACUUUGGAUCUAUUUGCACUGGUUAUGUAUUUGAGCUUUUGUCCUUAAGGAGUUUAUGGCUGUUUGUAAGGCUGUUGAUUUUUUGCUAUGUAUUGUAUAUCUGUUUUUGGUCAUUUAUAUGUUAUAUAUUUGAUUAUAUAUAUAUAUAUAUUGUAUAUUUCUCUGUGAGAAAAUCUGACCGCUGUUUGUAUGUGUUCUCUGAGUGCCUGUAUUUUAACAGUAGAUAUUUUUGUAUUACCCACCACUAGGUUUUGUGAAGAAGAAGAAGAAGAAAAUAUUUUUUAAAAGCCUUAUUCAUUUUCUGUCCAACAGACAUUUUAUGUGAAUGCUGACACCUUAAAUCACUGAAUAUGACUGCUGUCUGAAACAGAAGGGGCUCAUGUUUCGACAAAGUCAUGAGGCUGAUGUGACAAUAUCUGUGAUUUUAUCUUUACGGUCAAGAUGGAAUAAAGAGAGAGAGAGAGAGAGAGAGAGAGAGAUUGAGAGGUGAGUGGCAGGCAGAGUAGUGGUUGGGUGGUAUUGAGAAAGGAGGAGGGAGGAUUCAUUAAGAAAAAAUGGCAGGAAGCAGCACAGAAUACGUGCUUGGAAUAAAAUAACUGGGAGAGCUGUGGCAGAGCACGUCAUAUAAAACCAGCCUAGAGAAGGUGCUGUGUGCCGCAUGCUGUAACUAUGACUCAUUUGACAAAAAUGUAUUCUUAGCAUUUUUGAAUAUGUACGCAUUUUAACCCUUGCAUUUGGUGUAGCACAGGUGACUAUCUGAAAACACUUUUGUAGUUUGACUCAUUAUGACAGACGCUGUGAUACACAUUAUUAGACAAAUCAAAGACAUUUAGAGAGAUCUACCUCAUUCAUAAUACAUCACACACAAUUUAUUCUUAUCCAGUUAGAAGUACGAAAGUUGUUUUCCAAGACUGCACACUUGCUUAACAUAUUUCGGAAAAGAAAGACUGAAAUGGUCACCAAGCAUAAAUUGGAUUUUUGUGACAAAAUUUCAGGUUUAUCCUUAAUGACACUCCCUGUAUUUCACUUUUUUGUUUUAUUUAUUGGGCAAAUAUACAUUAGAAUUAUGCAUAUUGUUUUGUGCAUCUUAUUGUCAAUAGAUGUAUUUAUAAUUUUUUUGUUGUAUCAAAAGAAUUGUAUUAAAUGGAGGAAUGCAAUGUGUGA